AUGCAUAAGAACGGCGACCUUCUAGCAGGUCUCCCCCGCAACACCCUCUGCCAAAUCUUCACCAACUUCAGAAACCUCCAAGCAGCAGCACAACACACCCUCCACAACCUCGAAGAACAAAAUGAAAACGCCAGCCAAUACCUCGUCAUCCUCUGCCUCCCACCCCAUGCAUCAGCGAUCCUCCUCGACGACAGUCAAGCCCUGGGAGACAUCCCAUUCAGACUCACCCUCGAAGGAAACAUGGACCUGAUCAAAGUAAUCCCUUCACCCAUCCACGGCUGCAGCACCGACAACUUCCGGGAGGAAAUCGGUCAUUUUAUUCGGACAACGGGCGUACCUCGCUCAGAGUACCAAUGGGGCAUGUCGACGACGAUUUUCUGUCCGGAUGCAGAUGUUACCAAGGCAAAGCAGCCUGAUCAGUGUUUCUGGCCGGGUGUGAAGCCGGUUUCUCCGGGGAGUGAUUGGUUGGAUAGCUGGCCUACACUUGUUAUUGAGACGGGUGUUUGUGGAUCUGUGGAUCGGUUGAGGGAGGAUGCGAAGUGGUGGUUUCAUGAUAUCCGGAGUGAUACUCGGGUUGUAUUGCUUUUGGUUGUGGAGAAGGAGAGGAGGAUGAUUCGGGUUGAGAAGUGGCAGAUUCUGCCCUGUGAGGGUUCUACUACGGUUAUGGUAUCGGAUGUUGGUGAGGGUCGGAUAGCGUAUUUGGGUCAGGAGUUGCACAUUACUCCGUAUAGUGCCGUCGACGCGCCUUUGGUCCUUCCGUUUGAAGAAGUUAUGCGUCGGCUUCCCGUCAAGAAUGAGACGGAUAUCGUUCUGAGUGAAGUGGUUUUGAUGGGCUGCGCGAAGAAUCUUUAG